AUGCUGACUCUCUUCAUGAGCUUGUCCGGCGGUGUUAGCUGGGAGCAAGCUCUGUCGCCUCUAAAGGAGAUCUCUGCCAUUUGGGUCAUCUGCUAUAUUGGCUACGUUUCCUUCACGUAUUUUGCGGUUUUAAACGUUGUAACUGCAGUGUUCUGCCAGUCAGCGAUUGAAUCAGCUCAAAAUGAUCAGGUGACCUUGAUGCAGAACAUGUUGAUGAACAAAGAGAAGCACGUCCGGAAGAUCCAGGAGCUAUUCGGAAGGCUGGGCGCGACUGAUGGUGGAGUGAUUACGCUGCAGAUGUUCGAGGAGAACAUCAACUCUGAUGCAGUCAGCUCAUAUUUUGAAGCACUGGGUUUGGAUGUCUGGGAUGCCUGGGCUUUCUUCAAGUUGCUCGAUUCCGACGGAGGCGGAUCUGUUGAUGUGGAAGAAUUUUUCAUGGGGUGCCUGCGGUUCCGAGGCCAAGCAAAGGCCAUGGAU